UCAAAGCUUGGUGCGCGGCCGUCUGUCGCGCACCAAGCGUUGUCGGUAUACAAACAAUAAUAUAAGAACGUUAAAAACCAAUAUUGAAAUAAAACGAUUCUUCACAGGGAUUCUCGGUGGCUGCGGAGCUGAUCAGGGAGACAAAAUUGUUGAGGAACAAUUUGAGAAUGGAAAAAAAAUAGUGAAUGAGACCGGUGAUCCCAUCAUCACUUUUUCUUUCUUCACACAACAAAGCCGCGUGAUUCCUUACGUGUUUAACGCUAAUCGAAAUAUUGACAUCGCACGAUUGCCAUCUAAAAAUUUCGAUCCCACUAAAUUAACGAUUUUCGUGACACAUGGAUUGAUAGAGAAUGAAAGGUACCUGGUCUGUACUCGCUUACGUGACGCAUAUCUGAAGCACAAUGUAAAUGUAAUCGUCGUUACUUGGGACGGAGGUGAUUUUUCAACUCCCCAAUCCAUAGAGAAACAAGUCAAGUUCAUCAGUGGGAAGAUCACUACGAUGUUAGAACUCCUUAUUGAAAAGGCACAAUUGAAGCUCAGUAAGGUUAUUCUCGUUGGUUUUUCAAUAGGAGCUCAGAUAAUGGGUAUCACCGGUCACAAACUCUCAGUCAAAGUGGACACUGUUAUCGGUCUGGACCCAGCUCUAUAUCCGUUCUCUACCGUCGAUGCCACUGAAAGGCUGAGCCCUUCGAGCGGAGAUUAUGUGCAAGUUCUCCACACGAAUAGCGAUUACUACGGUUACAGAAAACCACUUGGUCAUGCAGACUUUUAUUUGAACGGUGGUACUGAACAGCCGGGAUGUAACGGGGAUCCCAUUUGUUCGCAUAAUCGAGCCUGGGAAUAUUUUGCAGAAUCGAUCAACAACAACUUCCUAGGUGGAAACUGCACGUCGUAUGAAACUCUCGAGCAUGAUAUUGAUACUUUGAACUGUAACACAUAUUUCCAAAGAUUUGGUGGUCUUAAGCCGGAUCAUAGUAUCGUAGGCAUCUUCAAUGCCGAAACAAAUGACACAGCUCCUUAUUUCCCACACUGGAUAUAUUGAUAGGUAAAAAAAGUGUGCAAUGAAAAUGACAUUCUCAAACGUCUCUUACCAUCCGUUAUGUGCCAGUAUUAAAAAAUCUUAAUGUAUCAUCAAGAAUUUGCAAUUUCAUAUAUUUUUUACAUUAAAAUUUGUUAUUCAAUAAAUGAAGUUACAAUAUAAUAUUAAUGUAUUAAAAAAUAAGAUGAAACGUGCGAGAUAAUAGAGAUAUUUCGGUAAUA